UUACUUGCUUUGAUUUGAAAGAAGCCAUGGGAGAAGAACUGAUUUGCAGGUGGAAGCUUUCAGCUUUUCUCUUCCUCUGGGCGACUAUAGCUCUGUUUCCAAGAAAAUCAUUAGCAAUCGAUAGCAUAAAAGCAGGGGAAUCAGUUAAUGGUAGUACCCAGAUAUUAGUUUCAGCUGCACAGAACUUUGUGUUGGGAAUCUUCAAUCCCCAAGGCUCCAAAUUUCAGUAUUUGGGAAUAUGGUACAAAAACAUCCCACAAACUGUCGUGUGGGUCGCAAACAGAGAUAACCCACUUGUAAAUUCCUCUGGAAGAUUAACAGUCAAUGGAGAAGGAAAGAUUACUCUGCUCAAUGAAACAGGGGGAGUUUUAUGGUCGAUCCCAUCUCCAGGAAAAGUGGAACAACCAGUCGUUCAGCUGCUAAACACAGGUAAUUUGGUGUUAAGAGAAUCUGGGUCGGAGAAUUAUCUGUGGCAGAGUUUUGAUUACCCCUCUGAUACUCUGUUACCGGGCAUGAAACUCGGUUGGGAUUCGAAAACCGGUAUGAACCGGAAGUUAACGUCAUGGAAAAGCACGAACGAUCCGUCGUCUGGGGAUUUCACUUAUAGUGUGGAGAUGGAUGGGCUUCCCCAAUUUGUAGUUCGCAGAGGACCGAUCACAACUUUUCGAAGCGGCCCAUGGUACGGCAAUGGGUUUAGUGGGUCUGGUCCACUCAGAAAGACCGCAAUUUAUUUUCCAAAGUUCACUUAUAAUGCCCAUGAAGCCUUUUAUUCAUAUGAUGCUGGGAACGACAUCUCCGUAAGACUGGUACUGAACGCGGCUGGGUUAUUUCAGCAGUUUUACUGGGUCGAUGAUGGAAAAUAUUGGUACACUCUGUAUACAUUACCAGGAGAUCGCUGCGAUGUCUAUGGAUUCUGUGGGGAUUUUGGCGUUUGCACCUUUUCCCUCACAGCAGAAUGCGAUUGCAUGGCUGGGUUUGAACCCAAAUCGCCCGAUGAUUGGGAGAAGUUUAGAUGGUCGGAUGGCUGCGUUAGAAGGGACAAUAGAACGUGCGGAAAUGGAGAGGGGUUUAAAAGAAUCAGCAAUGUGAAGUUGCCUGAUUCUUCAGGGUAUUUGGUGAAUGUUAAUACGAGCAUCGAUGAUUGCGAGGCGACGUGCUUGGACAACUGCUCUUGCUUAGCCUAUGGAUUAAUGGAGCUUCCAACAGGCGGCUAUGGCUGCGUUACCUGGUUUCAUAAACUGAGGGAUGUUAAAUUUGUUCUUCAAAAUGGGCAAGAUCUUUAUGUGAGAGUGGCGGCAUCAGAAUUAGACUCAACCAACAAGAAGCUUACGGUUGCAAUUAGUGUGUCUGUGGCUUCAUUUCUGGGCUUGUUGGUUCUUGUGAUUUGCUUUAUCCUUGGGCGUAGAAGGAAAGUUAGAGGAGGCAAUAUGAUCUCCCCUGAGAUCACUUUAGGAGAGAUUCACUCUCAAGAAAAGGAAGUUGAGAUGCCAAUCUAUGAUUUUAGGACGAUUGAGAUUGCCACAAAUAGUUUCUCUUUUUGGAAUAAGAUAGGUGAAGGUGGUUUUGGACCAGUUUACAAGGGAAAGCUUACAAAUGGAGAGGAAAUUGCAGUUAAAAGGCUAGCUAAGAAUUCAGGGCAAGGAGUUGGAGAGUUCAAGAAUGAAGUUACUUUAAUUGCAAAGCUCCAACAUAGAAACCUCGUCAGAAUUUUAGGGUAUUGCGUUAAGAACAAAGAGAAAAUGCUUGUGUAUGAAUACUUGCCAAACAAAAGCUUGGACUCUUUCAUCUUUGAUGAAAGCAAGAGGGCUUUGCUUAAUUGGAGAAGACGCUUUGAAAUCAUUUGCGGUGUCGCUCGAGGGAUGCUAUAUCUUCAUCAAGAUUCUAGAUUGAAAAUCAUUCAUCGAGAUUUGAAGGCGAGCAAUAUACUAUUAGAUGCUAAUUUGAAUCCCAAGAUUGCGGAUUUUGGUAUGGCAAGAAUAUUUGGUCAAGACCAAAUUCAAGCGAACACAAAUCGAAUUGUCGGAACGUAUGGUUAUAUGUCACCUGAAUACGCAAUGGAAGGUCUGUUCUCAAUGAAAUCAGAUGUAUAUAGCUUUGGAGUUUUGGUGUUGGAGAUAAUUACGGGGAAAAAGAACACCAACUACGAUUCCUCGUACUUAAACUUGGUCGGACAUGUUUGGGAGCUGUGGAAAUUGGAGAAGGCAAUGGAAUUGGUAGACCCAAGUUUGGAAGAAUCAAGCAGUGGAUAUGAAGUGAUGAGAUGCCUCCAAAUUGGGCUGUUGUGUGUGCAGGAGGAUCCGACAGAUCGUCCGACCAUGUCGAAUGUGGUGUUCAUGUUGGGCAACGAAGUGGGUGUUCCUUCUCCAAAGAAACCUGCUUUUAUUUUGAAGAGGAAAUACAACAGUGGAGAUCCAUCCACCAGUACAGAAGGAGCCAACUCUGUAAAUGACCUAACAAUUUCCAUAAUCAAUGCUCGUUAAUUAGACAUGCAUAUUUGUUAUGAACUUAGAUUAAUUACUACUAUUUUCACUUCCAAAUUUAUUGUUAUAUCCAUUUCUAUUUUAAAUAACUUUCAUAAUUGUAAAUCAUUCACUCAUAUG